CUCGCCCCGCGGAGGCUGCGGGAGAGAGCUCGAUGGGCCGCGGCGGUGGGCGCACGCUCUGCGGGGACUCAUGCCACGCGCGUCCCGGCCGGGCGCGCAAUUAGCAGCCGCCUCCGCAGCCCGCGGCCGCCGCCUCCUCGCGCUCCUGGGCUGCCGCGGCGACAAGCUACAGCCCUCACCUCACACCGGCUGCCGGCAUUGUCCUCCCGAUCCGCCGCCCAGGCUGCUGCUGCCGCCGUGGGCUGCUGCGGAGCCCCGGACCCGCGCCGCAGGGACGCGCCGCAGCCGCCGCCGGCCCGCCCGGCGUCCGGAGCUCGCUUGGUGAUUUUCGCACCCUGCGCUCUUUGGCCAUCCUCUCCGGAGUUUUUGCUGCCGAGCUGGGGACGGGGAGAAGUCCAGCGGCCAAGCGUAGCCUUCCUCCGGCGCGCAGCCCCGACGGGGCCGCGGCAGGCGCGACGAGAGCGCCGACGGAGCCAUGAGAGAGUACAAAGUGGUGGUGCUGGGCUCCGGCGGCGUGGGCAAGUCCGCGCUCACGGUGCAGUUCGUGACCGGCUCCUUCAUCGAGAAGUACGACCCCACCAUCGAGGACUUUUACCGCAAAGAGAUUGAGGUGGACUCGUCGCCGUCGGUGCUGGAGAUCCUGGACACGGCUGGCACGGAGCAAUUCGCGUCCAUGAGGGACCUGUACAUCAAGAAUGGCCAGGGCUUCAUCCUUGUCUACAGCCUUGUUAACCAGCAGAGCUUCCAGGACAUCAAGCCUAUGCGGGACCAGAUCAUCCGCGUGAAGCGGUACGAGCGCGUGCCCAUGAUCCUGGUGGGCAACAAGGUGGACCUGGAGGGCGAGCGCGAGGUCUCGUUCGGCGAGGGCAAGGCCCUGGCCGAGGAGUGGAGCUGCCCCUUCAUGGAGACGUCGGCCAAAAACAAAGCCUCGGUGGACGAGCUGUUCGCCGAAAUCGUGCGGCAGAUGAACUACGCGGCUCAGCCCAACGGCGACGAGGGCUGCUGCUCGGCCUGCGUGAUCCUCUGAAGCGCCCGCGGCUGCCGCGCUCCGGCCGCGCUCUGCGCACAAAAGCCAAACACGCCCGACUCUUCUAAAUGUGAUUUCUCGUCUUGCUUUGAGAGUGGACACGACUUGCGUCGGCCGGGGUGUCAAGGGAGCCCGGCUGGCCUCCGUGGCCGCGUCCCCAGCCUCCGCCCCGUGUCCGAGGGGGUGUCCCGUCAUGACCAUACGAGACCCGAUGGAAAUGUGGCUCUUUGCAGCAUGUACGUUUCUCAUUGAUUUUGGUUGACGCAUAUUUCCCCAUUGAAGCAGCCGUUGGGGCGCCGUAUUGGCAGCUUGACACCGGCAGGCGAAAGUUUCAGCCUGGAAAAAAAAAAUGAGGUGGGGGAGGAAGAGGACGGAGAGAAGGUGGAAAGGGUUUUUUGUUUGUUUGUUUGUUUGUUUUUUCUGUCAGCAACGGUUUUUCUAGUUCCAAGUUUUAAAUACACGGAAGGAAGUCCGGGAGAACCAAAUGAAGGAGCAGGAGGAGAGGAAGAAACUUUUGUUUUUUUCCUUGUUUUCCAGGAGUAGCUGGAAAUUAAGAUCGGGUUCCUUUUCUGCCAGCUUGGAAGGGCAACCCCGUGACUGAUUGCGAUUCUGAGGAUGUCUAUGCAAAGUUGGAUUCUUGUUACAGUGUAUAUCCAAUCUGAAGUAUUGCACAUCUGAACUGGGACUGUUAACACUGAUGCCAAUACAGUGUGGGGUGCCAGAAAGUGUCUGCUGAUAUUUGUGGAAAAAAAAAAUCUAUUUUGUUUACCUACUGUAUCAAAGGGGGGGGGGGAGUCUGCGGGAGAACGGUAGUAUUUUUUUUUAUCAGCUGUGAAAAAAAAUGUUACAGAUCUGCACAUUUUUGUGUGUACUGUUGUGUGUGUAUGUGUAUGUAUGUGUGUGUGUUUUAGAUUUAGCUUUUUGUUCUUAUUGGUUGGCAGUAACAUGGUUUUGAUGACUAGCUCUUUAAAAUACAGUACAAAGACUUCAGAAAUGUGAUUCAGGGCCCCCAGCACCCCUGUGUCUGCAGAGUGCCUUCAAAACUCAGCUGUUCCAGCCGGUGCCAACCUGUGAACUUCCCACCAGAUCCCAGAAUCUGCUAUUCCCCCCAAACCACUUCCCAGUUUCCUUUCAGUAAUCUUCCUGAAGGAGCCAGGACAAUAGGGUCUGUUGUUAGGUGAAUUUCUUUAUUAUUUUCAGCCUUUAAAAUGUAAUUUACUUGUCUUGCAGUGUUGUUUUGUUUUUUGUUUGUUUUCUUCCUUUUUAAAGUUUUUUGCUUCAUUUUGUUCCAGUGUUCAGGUAUUUAGCCCCCCUUUUAUAAAAUUUUUCCUUUUUAAUUUUUGGUUUCUGUUAUAGGGUGUUCCUCCGGAAGCAAAGAGCAAAAUUUUACUGUUGUGAUGUACCAAGAGAAUUCUAACAAUUUGUAAUUUCUAAUUCCAGACACGCAUUUAAAUAUUGUCUCUUCAUUUUAAGAUUUUUAAUACAAAUGUCAUUUUUAAAGAAACAAAUCUAAACUAUUGUUUGUGUUUCUGUGCUUCAUACUCAGUAAUUUAAUACAGUAUCAUGAGUGAGGUGGACAAGGGCAGGUGCAUGAUGCCCCAAAGAGUGGUUUGUCAAAUUUUGGAGACAUGUCUCAGUGACAAGUUGGGUGACAUUACUCCCAACUCCUUAAAUACGGAAAAAAAUCAUCAAGGUCUAGGAAGCCUUAGGUUAUGGCAAUACCCCCUGACUAUAAGAUGAGCUGGAUAUUGAAUCUGUUCUGCCGACUUGGAGCAGUUUAUUUCUCUAGGAAGGGGAGAAACAAACUGUUAAGACUGCCUUAGAGCUGGGAGAGUAACCAUCCACCUGGUCAGACAGGAUAGUGCUUUUAAUUUUUUUUUCUUUUCCUUUUUUAAUUUCUUUUUGUUUUGUUUAAACCACCUAUCCAGUUGAAAGCAUGUUUGAGGAAGAUGAUUUUCAUUUCUGAAGUCAUACCUUGUAGUGUUUUCUGCAAUACAUUUGUAUGGGUUGUGGACAGUAUCUCAACCCUUUUGAGGCUUUGAUUAGGAAAUAGAUUGUUGGAUUAAAAAAGAACAGAAAAAGAAAAAACUGACAGGCCCCUUGCUCUCAUUACACUGUGCAGUUUGUGGACCACUUUGACCCCAUGAAAUUUUGCUUCUAACAGCAGGAGGCAGUGUCAGCUCUUUAUUUUGUAUUUUAUUUUUCUUAAGGGAAGAUUUAGUAAUAUAAUCUCUGUAGAAUAAAAGAAGGUGUACGACUAUGUGUAUCUAGAGCACUUGACAUACCUUAGGUCCAUAAAGUGUAGAUGAAGUCUUUUGAAGGGUCUUUUGACAAAGGGAUUUAUUCUGUUGAGGAAGCCAAAAGAAAUCAUAGGCCACAGAUUUCUUUAAAGCUGUAUUUGAAAUGUUGUGUUGUCUCAGAAUUCCAGCAUGAAGGAGGAAUAGAGAAUUCUGCCUGGGUUUGGUCCUAAAGCUGUUUUUUUCACUCUUGAUCUCACUUAAGUUUAGUAUCAAAUUCAAUUAGAAGGCAAUGUAUAUAUGCUAAAUAUAGAAAUUAGGAGAUACUAUUCAGACAGGCUUUGCAAAGAUUCAUUCUUGAAUUUAUGUAAAUUUAUUUGAUUCAGUAUAUAUAAAAUGUUGAAAACUCUGAAGGCAUAUAUCAAGUACUAUACAAAGGAUUUUUUAAAAGGCAUUUAGUGACUUUCUUAUGGUUUUGUUUUGGUUUACUGGAAGCCUUUUGACAUAAAAUGCUGGCAAGGAUCUACCUAACUUAAGAAAUGUAUACACUGAUAGGGAAUUUUUGAAAAUGGGAAAUUGGAAAUGAACUAGGUUGCUGGGUGCAUUAAUCAUCUUCACACAGGAUUUAGUCACUUACAUGACUAAAUUCUUUAUAGGUCUGGGAUGGCAAGGCAGAAGAUUUUAAUAUGCUUUUACUGAGUACUGUAAAAUAAGUGCUUUUUGGAUUCUCAAUGAAAGCAGCUUUAUGUGUGCCCCUGGAGCAGGAAAAUAGUAUUGAGUUUUGUAACCUCCAAUAUUUUCUUGAUGAAAUUGAGAGAAAUUAGGGAUAUAUUUUUUUAAGAAUAUGUCAGUUUAUUUGGCUAGCAAGAACUCCUUCUAGAAUUAUGGUGUGAAGAGAUAAGAGCCUUUGUUUCCCUGAAAAAGUUGGGCUGACUUAAGAGUGUCAAAGGAAGUGAGGAGGGAGGGAGGUGUUUGCUGUAAGGCAGUCACCUGUCAAAACAGAAACUGGGUGGAAAAAGGAAGCUUUAUCUUGGGGAGCAAAAGUUAACUUUUAAACUUGACCCCUGCUGGUUUUUAACAGCUUUUUCUUUUGGUCUCUGACAGUCAUCUAAGCUUUAUGUCAUUUUAAAGGGUUAUUUUUGUUCUCCUUUUAUAAUAGCCUCAGAAAAGUUGAAGGUAUCAUUGGAAGUCUAACUUUCAUAUUUGGGAGUUAUGGUUCUUCGGUACAACAAUGUCCACCUUCUUAACUGCUGAAAUAGACUCCAUUGAAUCACAUUUUAGGACCAGAUCUAAUUGGGACUAGAAUUCUUUAGGUGUGUGAGACUUCAUGCUUCCUCAUUUGUUAACCUUUCCUGUAGGUGGGAAUCCUAAAAUGCCCCAUCGAUCUGAAUUAUUCAAGUAGUUUUGUGUUUUUGUCAGCAUGUUAUUGCACCAUCUUUUGAGUUAUAUUCCAAUAUUUCUCACAGAUGGGAUGGAAAAGUGAGAGAACACUGUAUGUAACAGCUGGUCUUGAGAAAUAGAUAUGAAAUGCCUGUACCUUCACUAUCAUAAAAGGAUCUAUUUACUUUUUACAAGGGCUAGAAUAAGCCUGCUACUUAUAUACAUGAGGGUUUAAUUUGGAGAUCACCACCAUGAGUUAAAAUGAUAUCAAACAUUUGUCCAGUGUCUACUUAAUUGGGAAAGCUUGCUAAUACAAGUUUUGUCCUGGUGAAAAUGUAGCAAAGUUUUAAGUACUAUAUAAUAGAAUAUGGUAAGUUUGAUUAUGAUGUUUUACUCAGACUACUGGGAAUAAUCAAAUGCAUUUAGUUGAACAUGGUGUUAGUUCUAGAAGAUACAUUUGAUCUAAUGACAGUAGGAUUUUGAUAGUUGGAGAAGGCUUUAGGGAUCACCUACUCCAGAGGAUCUCAAACUUGACCAUAUAUCAAAAUCACCUGGAGGUGAAAACAAAUCUUGCUAGGCUCUUCCUAUAAUUUCUUACUUAGUAUAUCUGGAUAUGACCUCAUAAUUUUCAUUUCUGACAAGUUUCUAGGUGAUGCUGAUAGAACUGUUUCAGGGACCACAUUUUGAGAACCAAUGAUCUAGUCCAAACUCCAAAUGAGUACUUUACUGAGAGCUACGUAGAUAUUUAGAGACACAAACUUAAGACCCCUGUCACACAUUUAGAGUGCUGCCUACCACAAGGUCAUGGGAUAAUCUUGACUGAAUUCUGUAGCUGUUGAGGAUAUAUACCAGUUCCACUAAGACUGUUAAACUGUGGAGUGUGAAUGGGGUAGCCACACUGCUGGCUAAGUGACCAUGUUCACAUUAGUAUAUGAGUAGUUUGGUUGUAGCUUUCAGUAUUAAUUCAGAAGGCAAUGAAAGUGAAUAAAUGGUUAGAAUAGGGGCAUGGCCUAAAGAGGCAGAAUCAACAGUUUCUCACCCCCCAAAUAUAUUUUUUAAAAACAUCUUUGAUAAAGGGAACACUUUCAAGUAUUUGUCUUCUCUUCAAGAUUAAAAGGCAAAAAAUUUAGUUUUUUAUGAUUCCUAGUAAGGAUUUUAAAAAAAAUUGUAUUUGAGAAUUUAAAUCUUCAGGUCAUAGUAAGCACAUGUGUGUGUCUCUGUGUAUAUGUGUGUGUGUGAGUGUGUUAAUACAUAUAUUCAGUUUCUUAGCCAGACUUGCCAGAAAUCAGUCAAUUCAUUGCCAUGUAGUUCUAUAGUUAUCCAUCAUGGGACAAUGCACAGCAUAAAACGGUGCCAUGCAUCUUGUUCCUUACACAUCUUAAUCUUUUGGCAACAGUGUUGAUCUAUUUUGUGAAUUGGCGGGGGCAGCUAUUUAUGUCUUUUCUUUGGUUUUAAACAGAAAUCUGAGGAAAUGUUUUUCUUAAAGCAGGAGAGUAGGAAGUACAUGCUUUUUUGUCUAAUUGACUACACUUGCUAUUUUUUUUUAUUAUUUUCUAAUUAAUUUUUUUUAUUGGCUGUGUUGGGUGUUUGUUGCUGCGCACGGACUUUCUCUUGUUGUGGCUAGUGGGGGUUCUUCGCUGGGGUGUGCAGGCUUCUCAUUGCAGUGGCUUCUCUUGUGCACGGGCUCUAGGCGCGUGGGCUUCAAUAGUUGCAGCGUAUGUGCUCAGUAGUUGUGGCACACAGGCUUAGUUGCAUGUGGGAUCUUCCCAGACCAGGGCUUGAACCCUUGUCCCCUGCAUUGGCAGGCAGAUUCUUAACUACUGCGCCAACAGGGAAGUCCCUAAACUUGCUAUUUUUUAAAUGAAUUAUCUGGGAAAAUUAUGUGUGUCUAAGUUUAUCAGAGGUUUGAAGAUGUGUGGUUGGUUUAUUUGUGGUAAUAGUGCAAAUACAGCAAAAACAUUUUUUAAAAGUAGAAAAGAGAAUAUUGAUGCAUUGAGAAUACAGGUGCCCAAAAAGGCCUGAGAUUGUUCCUUGAUUGUUAAAGAUUAUGGUUACAGUGGGAAUUGGUAAACAUAGUAGAAACUGAUUUAUUCAUUAUUCAACAAGCAUUUAUUGAACAUAAACUAUUAGCUGUGGUGUAAGGACUAAUCCUUAAAUAGGCAGAAGCCAGGCAAGAGACCAAUAGCUUUGUGCUUUUAUCACCAUAAGCUAUGAGAAUAGUGUAUAUUAAACAGUAGGAAAAGCACAGUUACCUGUGCCAUCAAUUAUAAUAGAAUCCUGUGGGUCUGGCUGGCAGGCAAUAGAGUAGGGAAAAUUUGUUAAAAAUUGGAACUUUGCUUUGAAACGUAUGUGGAUAUUGCAAAUAAAAGUGGAUCCCAUGAGGUUUAAGUAACUAAUAGUUUUUUUGCACGUGGAACUCUAAUUUUGUGCAUCAUUUCCAACUAACUUUUUGAGAUUAGCUAAAAUUGAAUAUUUAGAAAUAAGAAGUCAGUUUACUUUUAUAUUUUCAUGUCAAAGGAAAGAGGGGAAAUUGACUUACAAAAUUUGUUCACUGUAUUUUUUUAUGAGGAAACAAAAAGUGAAGGACAAUUUAUAUUCUUAUGGAAAGAAGCAAUUGUUAGCAUCAAGUUUUUUUGGGCUCCUCAUGUAAAGAUGAUCCAGGGUAGAGCAUUUCUUUUGAAAAAGAUAGUCUCCUAGAAAUGAGUGUGCCAAAGAAUUAAGCUGACGUUUUAAGUUUGCUAAACUUAUAGUUAUUUUAUACAGAAGCUCUUGUGCUCAUGCCUUUAGUACUUAUUGAAGAAGGCAACCAGUUCAGAGAAAGAAAUGUUGGGCGACCAACUAUAAGAAGUAACAAUAAUAGCAAUUAUUGUAAAAUCAUAUGAACUAAAGGGAGUUGUGAUUAUUAACUUCCUGCAGUUUGCAAAAUGAUUUCUAGUGAUUUUGUGUAGAAUAUCUCAUGAAUUUAACAACAUGCUUUUUAAAUGUAAAAAGUUACAGAAUUAUAGAGAAAAUACUUUCAUCUGAAAGUACUUCAUUGUUUAUUUUUUAAAUCUGAUUAUUAUAGAACCAUUUAUGUAAUGAAAAUUUAUUUCUUAUAGUUUUAUAGCUAAAGUAGAGGUCUUCAUGUUUUACAUCUGACCAUUUAUAAAACUUUUCAAAAUUUGGGUUGAGUCAUGAACUCAGAAUAUUUUAAUGUUAUUUAAUAUUUGCCUAUCAAUAUAAUAUUUCAAAAAUAUUCUCUUUAAAGGCAAACAUUUUAUUGAAUUAUAUCUCCUUCAAGAACAGAGCGUCUAGAUCUGUACUAGUAAUGGCAUUAUUCUAUAAGAACAUAUGUCAAUAAGAUAUUUAAAAAUAUAUUUUAGAUGGUUUGCAUUUACAUUAUAAGUAGGUAAGAGAAUUGCAAAUAUAUCUCUAAGUUUGAUUUCAACGUCAUUCAGCAUCUAGUAGAAAAAAGGCUUGAGGUAGGAGUUCCUUACUCUGAGUUUGAUUAUCUUAGUUUUAGUCUAUCACAUUACCUGUUAUUUUUCUUUUUGUAUAUCAUUUCAUUCAUCUACCUUGGCUUUAUGCAAAUGGUUUUCUCUGUCACAUAUGUAAUCCAUAUUAAUUGAUAAAAAAAAGUCUAAGAACUGCUUAACUGAUGGCCAUAUAAAUGUAUUUUCUGUGUAAUAAUGUAAAGGAAAAAGUAUUUUUCACACAUUGUUUGAGGUCCAGACUGAAACAGAGCAAACUAGUUAGAGAAGAUUGUCUACUAAACAGAUAUUACCUUUUGAUGUUAGCAUAGCUUUUGCAUUUCGUUUUUAAAAUUGAUAAAGAAAAAUUUUAAAAACUGAAUUCAAUCAUAGGAAUAUUCAUUUUCAUAUACUUACAAAAGCCUAAAAAUAGUUUCAGACCAUCUCUUCUUCCUUACUAAUCUUCAGCUGAGGUCAACAAAUGAGAAAUAACCCAUGCACUCUCAUUCUUUGAGAGAAUCUUAUACCUCGAAAGGCAGGGCCAACAAUAAACAAAAACCUAAUCCGAAGGGAAAAACUGUUUUCCUGCAUUUUUGAACACAUCAGUUUUUAUUUUGUCACUGAGGAAACAUAAAUAAUGGUGAGGGCAAGGGAACAUUUUCCUUAAUCAUUUUGGCAAUGUUCAGCAGGUGAGCUGGGUACUCUGGUUGCUAAGGCCGGAGAGUGUGAUAGAGCUGAGAAGGCAAUCACUGCAGGCUGAGGUGGAAUCUUUCCUCAGCCCACACACACCCUCAUUCCUGCAUUCCUACAAUCCUAGAAGAUUUCCUUGUAUCCAGGUUUGUGAUUCAUUGUAAUGCAGGAUUUACUCAGGCUUAGGGCUGCCUCUGGCCAAAGGUAAAGAAGCCUUAUGGGAUGGCGUGAUAAUGCUACUGUAAUUAAUUCCACUCUGACUCAGGGUUGCUCAACCUCAAUACUAUUAAUACUUGGAAUUGGAUAAUUCUUUUUUGUGGAGCGCGGUCCUGUGUUUUUAGCAGCAUCCCUGGCCUCUACCCACUAGAUGCCAGUAGCACCCCUUCCUACCCCAGUUGUGACAACCAAAAAGGUAUGCAGACAUUGCUGACUAAUGGGGGGCACAGAGUGGGGGUGGGGGUGCUGCUUAACAGCUCCUGGUUGAGAACUACUACUCAACUUGAUAGGUGGAGUUGGAGGAGGCAUAAACCAGAGGAGAGAGGGGUUGACUUAGGAGCAGUGAAGACCUUCCUUACUCCAGGAAAGCGCUGCAAUCAGUGAUUCUCUUUUAAAAUAUCAGUGUUCUCUAUUGUGCUUGGGACAGUAUCACUUUGAUCAGCUCAUUAAAAUCCACACCUAAGAGAAAAUCUCAGGGAUUGAGAUUUUUGGUUUUUGACAAUUUAAUUCAGAAGGUGGGUGUGCUCUGCUUGGGGUGAUGAACUGGAUGUUUAGAGAGUACUUCAGGGCAUGCCGAUGACUAAGUAGAGGGACCUAGAAGGGAGGUCAAGGGCAACAGUGUUGCAGUUCUGUUUCCAGCCCCUUAAACCUCCACUAGGAGAUAUCUGGAAGGUUUUUAGCCUCACCCACCUUCCUCCACUCACCUCACAAUCUCUUUCCUCUUUUCAGUUAAUCCAGGUGUCUGUUCCCCACCUGGACUCCUCACUUUGGGGUAGAAGGGAUUCAUUUUAUGUAUCCCAUUCCCCCUUAUUUUCUUUUGCAAUUUCUCCCUCCCUCCUUCUUUCUUCCUUCCUUGUGUCCAGGGCUGACCCAUGCUGCUUAACUGCACACACCUGCCUGUGCCCAAAUCCCUCCUCCAGACUGUCAGGAAGGGGGCAGCAGAGGCAGUAGUGAUUGCCUCAUAAUGAAGUGCCUCUGGAAUCUGGCAGUCUAGCCAGCAGAACAUAGGCUGUGGCUGCCAAGCUCUGAAAUACAGCAUUAAGGACUAUCCUGUCAACAAGUUCAUGGAUGUGGAAUUAACUCAGUGACCAUGGAUUUUUAAUUUACUCAGUCAGGAUUGUUUUUGUUCUUAAGUUUUACAUGAAACAGAUAUCUUAAAAUCUGUGUAAUAUACCUCUAAAAACUUUAAGCAAUCAGAGACCCUGCCUGGUGGGACAGUUGUGAUUCUACAUUUCAUAGGAAAUCUCACAUUUGGAAAUCUCACAUUCCUGGUAAAUAGGAGAUGUAACAGCUUUGUAACUGAGGGAGAACAAUCUCCAAGCCCAUCAAAAGAUUCUAACCAUCUAGAAGAGUCUCUCUAAGAAAGGUAGGCAGUAAAUAAAAUAAUUCCUUACAAUAAAAAGAACUGUUUGGUGAAAGUGGAUGAGUGAUUUGGGUAGCUGAAACUUGCUUUUUAAAUUUGAGAACAAUCUUGUAUUAGGAUGGAUGAUAUUCAUAGAGAUAUUUUAUUCUCUGUAGUAUCUCUGUAUUAAAUUGAAAAUGGAAACAUCCAAUUUAAUUGGUAAUUUGAUCACAAUUAAGAUAGAGAAAACAGAUUUGGUAUAUCUAAAUUUCCUCUUAUCCUCUGUUUUCCUCUUUUAUAAUUAUCUGUGAUGUUUUACAACAUUUUUUUCCUUAUCUCAAAGUUUUAUUGGCUUUGGGGUGUAUUAUGUUUUCUUUCUAAUUAAAAAGUCUAUAAUGAGGGAAAUAUUCAGUUAUGAGUCACUGUAGCUAGUAGCCAAGAAAAUAUAUGUAUUCAUAAAUUUAAACAAAUAAAUUAAUUGUGUAGGAUGUUUUGCAAUGUCAUUAUUUGCAUUUACCUUUUAUAGCUUAGAAAUGAUUUUCAAUGCAACAUUUUCAGUGGAAAUGAAAUUUACCCUUUUCUUUGAUUAAUUACAAUUUGACUAUUAUUUGGCAAAAAAGGUAGUAAGUACAUUUUUAAAGUAUUAUCAUGAACAGCUCUCUAGUUUAUAUUUUGUAGCAAAAUUGUGAACAAUUUUCCUUUUUAACUCUUUCCUCAGAAGAGUAGCACUUCAUGAAUAGAAAAAAAGCAUGUACGAAUUAUCCAAAAGUCAUGCAGUAGUUGUUUGGAUUUAUCAUGAUGGUGAUGAUUUGGCAAAAUAUUUACCCUCUUAAUUACAAGUAAUAUGAUUGAUUUGUGUUAGCCUAGGGAAAUAUCAAAAAUACAUGCACAAUGGGACUAGAGUGCUUUUUUGGUGUUAACAAUUUUGGAGAAUGUGUAAAGUAGAUAACACAGAAAUAAAUAUACAAAAAGUUGGCCUCCUAGAAAGUAUUUUUGUUUAGCCAUUUUAACAUGUGGUUUUAAAAACUUAUUUGACGAAAAUUAUCAGAAUGAUAACACAGUGUCAUUCAGUGAAAAUCGCCAGUUUUCGUGUUAAAAACUUUUCAGACCACCCAAAUUAUCUUCUUUUUCUCCCUUCCCUAGCGCCGCACUUUGACUAUUGAGAAUGCAGUCUUUUACUUGUCAGAGAAUAUGAACAGAUUUUGUUGUCUACAAUGAAUUACAAAUGUGUAUCAGAACUUAAAUAGAUGAUAGGAACCUGAUUUUUACAUUUUUAGUUUCAGUACACAAACUUUGUAUAGAGUGGGUUUCAUAAAGCAGUAAAACAUUUAAUGAUAAAUAAUCAGAUAAUGACCAUUGUAGAGACAGUGAGUGAAUUUUAUAAUUGCUAUCAAUAUCAGUACCAUUGAAAUUUCAUUACCUUAAUUAAGUUUGUGAAACAGGUAUUUUCUUGGCUAUUCUUUAUAUGCACUUUAGAGUAAAAAUUAAAUCUUUUUAAAUUUGUUAUUUAAAAAAUUGAUCUUUUGGAGUAUUUUUCUCUUGGUAUUAUUCUUAAAAAUACUAUAGUUGACCUGAAUGGAGUUAAAGCUUUUGCCCUAAAUACUAAAUUAUGGUUCCCAUAGCAACCAUAAUUUACUCUCUUAUAUAACUCCCUGCUUCAUGCCAUGGUUAAUAUAUGCAAUAUAACUCUAAUUAACUUUCAUAUUUCCUUAGAUUAAGUGUUUGGUUUCCAGAAACAGAAGGUGGAAGAAGGUGGAGAGUGAUGCUGUGUUUGUAGAAUAUGCAGGUUGAGAACAGGAGGAAUGCCAAAUAAUAAAAAGAAGGAUUUACUUAGGAUUUCAGUCAUAAUAUUUUACUGUGUUUUGAUUCAGAAAAAAAAAAAAAACAUUAAAUUGAGCAUUUAAAUUCUUGAUGUAUAGUAAGCAUGAAUGAAGUUUCUUAACUGACAUUAUAGAUCUUGAAUUAGAAUCUCAAAAAAAUAAUUAUCAGAACAUUUUUUAACUUAUUUGAUUAGAAUACUGUAUUAUAAGGUGAUAUACCCUAUUUUAUUUUAAGGACAUAGCCAUCGGCAGACUGUGAAGUAUGUAUUCAUGUAGUCAAUUAAAUAUUGAGCACCAAAUAAGCACAUACCAAGAAUAAGAUACCAUCUGUGCCUUCAAUAUAUUUAAUAUGUUCUUACAUUUAAUUUUAUUAUUGAUUUCCUCCACUAGAAUGUAAGUCUAUAAGGGCGAGGGCUCAUCCUUUUAUCUUCAGUGCCUAGAAGAGUGCAUGUCAUGAACCAAUACUCAGUUGAAUCAGUGAAUGAACAAUUAGUCAUAAGGGGAAAGGAAGUGAGUUUGCACUGCUAAAAACAGGUCAAAAUUACUAGAAAAGUUGGAAUAUUUCAGAGUUCUGCAUCAAUUGCAGCCAAAUAUUAUAGAAUGAAAUUUGUGGCCUGUUCUUUUAUUCAUCAGUUAUUAAAAUUUAUAGCUUGGAAUGGCAAUGCUAUUAUAGUGUUAAUGGGACAUAAAUUUUUUCUAAAGUUAUCAGAAGCAAAAUUAAAAGAGUUCCAGAACUUUUAGGAAAUUAGUAUAUUGUGUUAUAAACCUUUGCCCUGCUCUGCAUUGGUUUUCCAAAUGCAGGUAUGCCUUGAUUUAUGCAGUGGAUAUGAUUCAGGAAAAAACAUAUAAAAAUUGAAUCAUAUUUAAGA